CUCCAGAGGCAAAACACUUGGUUUCUCGUUUACCCGCUUCAUCCACAUCCCAGCGAGGAAGUAUGCGCGGGUCAUACUGAGAGAUUCACGUUGCUUCUUGUUCUGCAUGUGCUACCUAACCUUCAUCCAGUCCCUGAUGGUGUCGGGUUACCUGAGCAGUGUCAUCACAACCAUCGAGAAGCGCUACAGCCUGCGCAGCUCCGAGUCAGGCUUGCUGGUCAGCUGCUUCGACAUCGGCAGCCUGCUGGUGGUGGUCUUCAUCUCCUACUUUGGCGGCAGGGGUCAGAGGCCGCGCUGGCUGGCCGUGGGCGGCGUCUUGAUCGCCGUGGGAGCGGCGCUGUUUUCCCUGCCGCACUUCAUCUCGCCGCCGUACCAGAUCCAAGAGGUGAACUCCUCGGCGGGCCACGAAGGCCUCUGUCAGAGCGAGAACAGCAGCGGGCGAGAGCUGCUCGACAUGGCGUCGUGCCCCCGCGACCAGGAGGGCAAUGAGCACAACCUGUACGUGGCGCUGUUCAUUUGUGCCCAGAUACUCGUGGGCAUGGGUUCUACGCCAAUCUACACCCUGGGGCCCACCUACCUGGACGACAAUGUGAAGAAAGAGAACGCAUCUCUCUAUCUAGCUAUUAUGUACGUGAUGGGAGCCCUGGGACCUGCUGCUGGCUACCUGCUGGGAGGUGUCCUCAUUGGGUUCUAUGUUGACCCUAAAACUGUUGUGAACAUCGACCAGAACGACCCUCGCUUUGUUGGCAACUGGUGGAGCGGCUUCCUCCUGUGUGCCGUCGCUAUGCUCCUGGUCAUCUUCCCCAUGUUUGCCUUCCCCAAAAAGCUGCCUCCGCGUCACAAGAAGAGGAAGAGGAAGAAAAAGAUGGGCUCACCGGGCGACGUGUCGAGCGAUGACGACGUGAUGAAAGAGAAGUCGAGUAGCAAAGAUCAAAAUGUGUCAUCCUCUAUGGGUUUUGGAAAGGAUAUCAAAGACCUCCCCAAGGCUGCGCUGAGAAUCCUCAGCAACGUGACGUUCCUGUUCGUCAGCUUGUCCUACACAGCUGAGUGUGCCAUUGUCACAGCCUUCAUCACCUUCAUUCCCAAAUUCAUCGAGUCCCAGUUCGGCAUUCCUGCCUCCAACGCCAGCAUAUACACAGGUCUGAUCAUUGUGCCCAGCGCCGGCGUGGGUAUUGUGCUGGGGGGCUACAUCAUCAAGAAGCUGAAGCUCGGGGCGAGGGAGUCCGCAAAGCUGGCCAUGAUCUGCAGCGGGGUGUCUCUGCUCUGCUUCUCCACGCUCUUCAUAGUGGGCUGUGAGAGCAUCAAUCUAGGAGGCAUCAACAUACCUUACACCACAGGACCGACGCUGACCAUGACCCACAGGAACCUGACAGGAAGUUGCAACGUGAACUGUGGCUGCAGGAUCCACGAGUACGCUCCCGUCUGCGGCUCUGAUGGUAUCACCUACUUCAACCCCUGCCUGGCUGGAUGCAGCACCGUGGGCAACGACAGCACCGGGAUCAGGAACUACACGGACUGCGGCUGUGUGCAGAGCCGACAGGUCAUCACUCCGUCCUCCGGCGGUCAGGUCAACCAGCUCCAGCUGGUCAUCGUCAAAACAUAUUUGAACGAAAAUGGCCACGCCACGUCAGGGAAGUGCGACCGAACCUGCAACACGCUCAUCCCUUUCCUCAUAUUCCUCUUCAUCGUCACGCUCAUCACCGCCUGCGCUCAGCCCUCYGCCAUCAUCGUCACGCUCAGGUCUGUUGAUGAACAAGAGAGGCCUUUCGCUCUCGGGAUGCAGUUCGUUUUGCUCCGAACUCUCGCCUACAUCCCCACACCCAUCUACUUCGGCGCUGUGAUCGACACCACCUGCAUGCUCUGGCAGCAGGACUGCGGCGUGCACGGCUCCUGCUGGGAGUACGACGUUACCUCACUCCGCUUCGUCUACUUCGGCCUGGCCGCCAGCCUCAAGUUCGUCGGCUUCGUCUUCAUCUUCCUCACCUGGUACUCCAUCAAGCACAAGGAGGCGCAGGCGGAGCGCUGGCGGCAGCGCCUCCCCCCGCUGGGCACGGUCAGCGAGCUCAUCUGUCAUGCCGGCGGCCGGAAGAGCCACGCCCGCACGCGCUCCUGCCCCGUGUUCCUCCCGCCUCGGCCCGACCCGCCCGCGGCGCUGCUGCUCCACCGCGGCCGCAGCAGCUUCAGCUGCCCGGGCAACGCCCUCAAAGCAAUAACUCCCCCCAUCCUGUUGCCGUGUCACCACCGAGGCUCCGCCCACGUCUGAACCAGGCUCCUCCCCGGGGGUUCCUCAUUUGUGCCUUCCUGUUUGUGUUUCUGCACAGCGCAGCGUCUGCUUCACAUCGACUGACAGGCAGACACACAAGUGGGCCCGCCGUUCCUAAAGGGCUCCUCGUUCACACAAACGGGUCUGAAGAGACGUUUAACUCUGAGGGUACCAUCAGCUGCAGCCGCGCUCCACACCACGGUUCAGACCAUGGAAGAACAUCUAAUGGUGCUACUGUUCACGGGCGUGGCAUUUCUGUACAGACAGAAAAGUCAUCAACAUGGCGUCUCAAGCACAACAGACAAACCUGCACUAUGCAAAAGUCUGCAUACAGCCCCCUCUGUGUUCCUCCUCCUCGUCUCACACAAACACGCUCCUUUCUUAUCUCCGCAGCAGAGCUUGUCUCACUUCCGACCCGCGUUUUCGUCUGCACCGUCGGUCACGACAGAAUUUUUUAUUGUUCCAAACUAAUUUCUCCUCCCCCAGUUUCCUUAYCAGUGCCUUUCGGGCCAGUCCAGUACACAAAGCUAGCUGUCAGGGUUUAACGCUCGCUACAGAAAAGCCACUCACUUCGCUGCCCUCAAGUUUUUAUAACUGGAAGCAGCUGUCACAGAUCUCGAGCUGCAACCUUUUCUCAGCGCCUUCGCAACAUGUAGCUCGAAUCAGACAAGCACCAACGACACAGUGGCGUGCUUUAUUAUUAAUCAAGCAGCAAACGGAAGAAAACAAAUCGUUUCGGACUUAGUGCUGAAGCUGCUGUWGGGUUGGAAAUGUGGCACGAAUGUCCUUUUAUUUUCAUCUCUCUUUAAAAGCCACUUCUUCGGACUACGAGAUGCAUCAUUUUUGGCUUUGUAGUGUUAAUCGGUGAUAAGCUUUCCCAUUCUUGUGGUCAUCAAAUGUACAUAGUAGGUGUUUUAGCUGUUACUAGACUUAAAKAUUUGGCAAACAUUAGCAAGAAAUAUCUGACGAGUUCAUUUUUCUUAGGUUUUCGUCGCCAUCUAGUGGACAAAGAGGAUAAUGUGAAACGUGUUGCCUACUGAGCGUGUAUUUAAAAAAGAAAUGAGGUAAAAUUUCCCCAAAGAGUUUAUUUAGGUAAAGAAUAGUUGCCCCUUUUUAGCAGGCAGAAAGUGUGGUGUUAAAGUAUUUAUUGGUGGUUAAGUUCAUGUUCAAAAUACCUGCAAGUAUCAAGAUUUUUUUCUUUUAAAAAAAAAUGCUUUUUGUGUUUUGAUAUCAAACAUUUAUUAAAAACGUCACAUUUUAAAAGCCAGAUUUUAACUCGUUYUGUUCAGGAGGAAGAGGCCAGUAUUUAGAGUUCAAAGCAGUUUUUAAAAAAUACUGCUGAUUUAAGCACUUGCAAACAAAUAAGGAGUCCAAUGCUGCAAAUGGUAUUUUAAAGUUACCUGUUUUGGUUCAGAGUGGUGAAAGUUGUUAGGUGGUAAAGGAUUAUCAAAGCACAUAUUCAUGAAGUGAUYGUUGUGUAAAUAAAAAGCAAAUGAAGAGUAUUCUAGAGCUCACACAUAGCUAGAGGUGUAUUUAUGAACUAACCCAUGGCAAUGUAGUUAAUUAGACUUAAAAACAGAGUAUUAACCGCAUAAACGGGGCCAACUGUAUUUCUUGUUGGGAGGGAAAUGGGUUGUGGAUUUACAUUUUUUUGUAUCAUUGGGGGUUUCACUGCUUCAACAGAAAUGUUUAAUUUAUCCACUCAGAAUGUCCUCCUUUCUAUCUGUAAUGAUUAUCUACUCUUUCUACAUUAGCUCUUAUUUACCAGGAAAAAAAACUGUAAACUUGAGCUUCUUCAGCCUAGAUGUUAUCCAGAUUCUGUUAGCCGCUCAUGAAACUAAUCUACUAAAAAUAAAACGAGGCCUCUGCAGACCAAACCAUCUUCUGGUAUGGAGACAGAUAAACCGAUCAGUUUUUGGAAACAAUAACAAAAAGUAAAGAAAACCCAGCGAUGCCACACAGUGUUUGCACUGAUGUCUGACUUUACAGUUCAGCUGCUGCUUUCAGCAUCCUGCUCUCCAAACGUCUGAACUACGAGCACAGAAGACUUUUUUUUGUUGUUCCUCAGGAGCAAAAGUUGAAUUGAUGUUUGUGAACAGUUGGUUUACAAAUGCCUUGAAUACUUGAUUUUUGUCAUAAAAAAUAAAAAUAAAAAAACGCUGAAAAAA